UUAAAACACGUCGUGAACGCGCAGACGUAAAGACUGAAACGCGCGCAUGCGCUCUGUCACCCAAGCCGCCAACUAAGGGGCCAACAUGGAGAGAAAAGUACUGGCACUUCAGGCGAGGAAGAAAAGGGCCAAAGCCAAGAAGUCGACCAAAAAGCCAGCACAUCCUCCACGUGGGGCAUCUCAACAGCAGCCCCCAACAGAGACCCCGAUACAAGAGCCCGAUGAGGAAAUCCUUGGCUCUGAUGAUGAGGAGCAAGAAGAUCCUAAUGACUACUGUAAAGGAGGCUAUCACCACGUCAAAAUAGGGGACCUAUACAAUGGUAAAUACCAUGUGAUCCGCAAACUAGGAUGGGGACAUUUCUCCACUGUGUGGCUGGCCUGGGACAUCCAAGACAAGCGGUUCGUAGCUAUGAAGGUGGUAAAGAGUGCGGAGCAUUACACUGAAACAGCUCUGGAUGAAAUAAAGCUGCUCAGAUCUGUCAGAAAUACAGACCCUGAUGAUCCAAACAGAGAGAUGGUUGUGCAGCUGCUAGAUGAUUUCAAGAUCUCAGGGGUCAAUGGGACUCAUGUUUGCAUGGUGUUCGAGGUGUUGGGUCACCACUUGCUUAAAUGGAUUAUUAAGUCUAACUAUCAGGGCUUACCUCUACCCUGUGUCAAGAGCAUCAUUCGACAGGUUCUUCAAGGUCUGGAUUACCUGCACACCAAAUGUAAAAUUAUCCACACAGACAUUAAGCCGGAGAACAUUCUCAUGAGUGUCGAGGAGCUGUAUGUCCGACGGCUGGCUGCAGAGGCGGCUGAGUGGCAGAAAGCAGGCGCUCCCCCUCCCUCUGGGUCUGCAGUGAGCACUGCCCCAGCACCUAAACAGUUGCCAAAAAUGUCGAGAAACAAGAAAAAGAAGCUAAAAAAGAAGCAGAAGCGUCAGGCGGAGCUACUGGAGAAAUGCAUUAUGGAGUUGGAAGAGAUGGAGAUUGGACCUGAAGGUGAAGAAGAUGAUGACCCAGAAUCCCCUAAAUCCCCCUCCUGCGUCCCACUCAGAGAUGCAUCACUGCAUGAUAUCGCCACUGAAGACACAAUCAUGGACAUCAGAGAGAGACUAGCAUCAGAUGAUUCAGUGGAGCUCAACUGUAAUGGUUGCACCUGGAAGCAAGACACUCCGCUGCACACGAAAUGCCCUACAGAUGAACAGGACGCUGCUCAGCGCAUGUAUGAGUACUGUAAUGGGGCAGAGUCACCAGAACUGGACCAGGCCGGAUACAGUAACGGCAACUCGGGCCAAGAGCAGUUGGAGGAGGGAGAGCUGCACCCUGAGGAGCAAGAACAACAGACGUCUCGAACCAGAGCCAGGGAACAGAACAAGGAGAAGUUCAAGAACGGCAAGUUGCCAGCUGGAAGUCUGUUGGUCAAUCCACUAGAUCCACUCAAUGCUGACAAAAUGAAGGUUAAGAUUGCUGACCUUGGCAACGCUUGCUGGGUGCACAAGCACUUUACAGAAGACAUUCAGACACGACAGUACCGCUCUCUGGAGGUGCUGCUGGGUUCAGGGUACAGCACACCUGCUGAUAUAUGGAGCACAGCCUGCAUGGCAUUUGAGUUGGCCACUGGUGAUUACUUGUUUGAGCCCCACUCUGGUGAAGAUUACUCCAGAGAUGAAGACCACCUUGCUUUGAUUAUUGAACUUUUGGGGCAGAUUCCCCAUCACUUUGCUCUGAGCGGGAAAUUCUCACAGGAAUAUUUCAGCGGGAGAGGUGACCUGAAGCACAUUACUAAAUUAAAGCCAUGGGGUUUGCUGGCCGUACUGAUGGAUAAAUAUGAGUGGCCUCAGGAAGAGGCCGAGACCUUUGCUGAUUUUCUACUUCCAAUGCUAGAGCUCCUGCCAGAGAAAAGGGCCACAGCUGCCGAAUGCUUGCGUCACCCUUGGCUCUCCCUCUAGUGGCUCAUUGACAUCACUGCACAUACGUUCAGGCUCUCUCUCCCUAAACUCAAUAGACUGCAACAGAUCACUUUCCAAUUUUUACGGCGUAUCAGAGUAUUUUUUUUGUUAUUCUGAGUGUUUCUUAUGCUUGGCUCACCAGAAGAAUUUGUCCGUUUUGUUCUUGAUGUCUCUUUCUCAGAGUUGAGAGACGUCAUGCUCUCUUUGAUCUUUAUAGUGUUCUUAUUUUGGCAAAAGAUGAAACAGACUCAUUUAGAUAAUGGGUUUUUUUGAGACUUAUUUGUUAUGUGCAAUGCUAACCUGAGAUAAAGUCCACUCCUGAGUGUCGACUGCUCGGACUCCAGUGCAGUGCACAAGAAAUCGUUACUUGUAGUUUCCUCAUUUGGGAAGCAAUGAUGGGUUAUGGAAAGGGAACUGGUUGGUUACCUUAUGACUGUAGUGUAUAAAUUAAGAUUUAGUUUUGUGUCGAGAAUCACUACACUGUGUUUUCUCUUUCUUUCUCUAAAAUAUUCAAGUGUCUUUUGUAUGUGUGUGUAUGUGUUUUAAGUAGGUUUUGAUCUUGUCUGUCAAAGAUUAGAUUUAAAAAAAAGUCUUCUCACUUAUGGGUCAGUACAUAAAUAUGUACAAAACGCUUACACUCAGUGAGUAACUGUCGAGGGCCACCAAAACUGAGAUUUUUGGAGAAAAAAAUUAUUGUGUGUUUGUGUGUAUGUGUGCGCGCAUGUGCAUGUGAGUGUGUGUGUUUGUGUGUGUGUGUCUGUAUAUAUGUGUACCAAAGAGUUUGCCUUGAUCUGUAUAUUACAGCCAUGUACAGUUUUUAAAAGAAAUCCUACUAUUGCAUCUAAGCUAAAAUUAUUUAGCUGGAUAGAAGUGUUUUAAUAAAGCAUUUGGAAGAUGGGUGAA